AUGGCCAAAGCUUUUGAAGAUUCUAAAAUGGCGGAGAAAUUUCAAUCAGUGCCACUUUCACAUCAAACCAUACAAAGAAGGAUAGUUGCUAUGGGUGAGCAAGUAGAAAAGUCUAUGCUUAGCCUAGUUAAAAAAAGUUCAUAUUUCUCACUUUGUCUGGAUGAAAGCACUGAUCAAUCAGAUGUUAGUCAGCUCCUAAUAUUUGUGCGUACAACUUUUGACGAUUUUACCAGUAAAGAGGAGUUAUUUGAUAUCUGCCCUCUUUAUGGAACGACUAAAAGAAAAGACAUCUAUGAGGCUGUGAAGAAAGCAGUUGAUAGAAUUGGAGGUUUCGAUAAAUGUUCAGCCAUAGCAACAGACGGGGUCCCAUCAAUGACAGGUAAAAAAACUGGAUUAGUGGGUCUGCUUCGAGAGAAUGGUGUUACUUGUCCUGCAAUCCAUUGUAUUAUACAUCAGGGAGCUUUAUGUGGAAAAUCAGUCAAGCAAAAUCAAGUUUUUCAAACCGUGAGUAAGAUUAUAAAUAAGAUUAGAGGUGGAAAUCGAUCCCCUCUACACAGGCAACUUAGGCAGUUUUUAGUGGAAACAGAGGAUCAGUAUGGAGACUUGCUAAUGUACAACCAUGUAAGGUGGCUGAGUGCAGGAAAGUGCAUGGAACGGUUUUUUGCCAUAAGGAAGGAAAUCCCUGCAUUCCUCAAUGAAUACGUUUCAUCGGACACAACUGAACUGGAAAGAAAGCUUAAGGAUCCAGAAUUCUUAAGACAGUUAGCUUUUUCAACAGAUCUGACUAAUCAUCUUAACAGUCUAAACUUAAGUCUUCAAGGAAGAAACCAGGCGGUUUCAGAUUUAAUCGGAAAAAUAAACGGAUUUAGGAAUAAGCUGAGCGUGUUUAAACAUGCUUUGGAAAAGAACAACCUGACAUACUUCCCUAGCUGUCUGCAACUAGCAGAAGAAUUCAAUAGUGAGGAAAAUAUUGAGUUUUCAUGCUGCAGUUCACAAAUUUAA